AUGUCAGUGCAGAAGGAUCGCCUCUUUCGACGUCCGGAUGUUGAGUCCUGCUCGCCGUUUUUGCCAAAGGUCUACGGGGGCAUUGAGUUGGUGAAGGUGGACCUGCCGGAUGAGGAGAGGGAUAUUGCCUUGGAGAAACUUAAUCGCCUGCUGAAUAAGUACAGCGUGGAGAAAGAUAUUGCCCAGAAGUUGAAGAAGCGCAUGGAGAAGAGGUUUGGAGGCUGUUGGAGCUGUAUCGUCGGCUCUUCCUUUGGUUGGUAAGGCUUUCGGCUCUGUUUACUGUCAUUAUCAGACAAUUUCAUGGAGACUGUCGAAGUGUGGCAUGCAGGAACAACAGCUAUAUAAAAGUACUGUCCUGUGAUGUCGCGUAGGCAUCAUUGGAGGUCUCGGCCUCAAUAAUGCGGUUUUUAAUAGUGAUUUCUGUACAGUGGGUAAAUUUACACGUGUAUAAAAGAUCGAUGUGUGAGCUUGAAGUACAGUAGGUGGGCUAACUCAUGAAAUGUCAACCGAAAUACUGAAAUGUGUUUUCCUUUCGAAAAGAUUAAUUAAAAAGGGUUUUAAAACAAGUCAGCCUGCAACGUAAUGCUGUAAUUAUGCAGUUAUUUCAGGAUGCCGGCUUUCGAAUGAACUUCCUUUCGGCUGUAUGUACAAACUACACUUUUUAAAAAAUUAGUGCUUAAUUAGCGUGAACUUUUCGCAUCGACUUUCAAUGCCUCUAAAAUUCAAAUUUUAUUUCAUGGAAGACAUGCAUAAAAUAUUCAUUCUUUUGCUCAUUCGGUAGAGAAUCACAUCUUCUUCCAAUUUUAUACUCGAAGAAAGGGUAUAAUUCUGUUUCCGAAAAAUUUUCCAGUUACCAAUUAAUUUUUAACCCUAUCUGCCGUUACACCCGUAUUCUGGGUUUCCAAACUACAAACCGUCUAUUUUAUGAGUACGGAAAAGCAUACAUUUCUCUAUGGUAUUGAGAGGAAAUCAUAUGAGGUUCAUAAAAUUUAGCAGUGGAUUUGAUCCAUACUAAUAACUUUACAAACCACAUUGGUAAAGGCAGAGACGUGACGUUUUAUGAACGGCCAUUAUAUGGUAUUGAAAAUCUCACAAUUACAAACUUUUUAAAACCGAAUUAUACCCUUCCUUAGAGUGUAAAAUUGAAGGGAAACGUAAUUUUCCACUGAAGGAGCAAAAUAAUGAAUAUUUUUAUGCAUCGUUUCCAUGAAAUAGAAUUGAAUCUGUAAAGGCAUCGAAAAUCAAUGAAAAAAUGUAUUCUACUUAAGUGGUCAUUUUUACGGGCUUUGCUUUUUGGAUGCAGCCAAAAGAAGUCUUUUUUUAAGCCGGCGUUCUGGGGUAACUGGAUUGUCAUAGAAUUAUGCUGCACGAUGGUUGGUUUUACAACCCUACUUAAUUAAUCUUUUCGAAACUAAAAGGCAUUUCGGAAUUUCUGUGGACAUUUCAUGAGUUAGCCCACCUACUGCAAGUCUGUUUGGAGCAAAGUUGAGCGUUUUCAACUGCACCCUUUCCAUGACAGCCUUGAGUGGAGCGUAACAAGUCUUAGGGAGAACACCUUUCAGUGAAGUGAUCCAACGAGCUAUGACUGGCUCCAAUGGUAGCAGUUUAUUCCCUCCAUCUAGGAUACGUAUGCAGACUCGAUCAAAUCUCUCAACUUUCAGACAGCCGCAAUUCUUAGGUUGUCAAAUCAGCAGUCCAGCACACUUGGACAGGCGUCUGUUUAUGAAGCCAGGCUUUGGUGACCAUGGGCUUCCAUUACUUACUUACAUUACGGAAAUCGGGUCAGCUUUCUCAUAACCUGUUUGUUUACGUAAUCUACCCUUGAAGUUUUGAAUACACGCGCGGUUUUUCAAUGACAGUCGGCCGUCUGACCUUUUAACAGUAACUGGGUCCAGUCUUGCCCUCCACACGGGCCACCUGGUAGAUGUGCUGGACUAACACGGAGGCCACAUAGGAUUCUGGCAGGUCUUAUCGGAUUUGCGCACCAUUACAAAUGCUAGCAUUUCGGGCUGCGGUGGCGGACCCGGUUGCCGGCAGACGUCGCGCACACUGGGAACCCGUUCACCCUCCCCGGCCCAAAACCUGAGUCAUUUGCUGUGUGGAUCAGGGGGGGGGAGGGUGUGGCGUAGGACGCCAAGGUGCGGGCUCGACCGUGCUAUCCACCUGCGUCCUCUCCCACCUCCGGUCUUCAUGACUCUGUCUUGACGCCGGGUCCAGGUGGGGAGUGGGGGAGAGAGAGAGAGAGAGAGAGAGAGAGAGAGCGGUAGAUGCUGCGCAUGUCUACUAUCACUUUAAACAAAUUGUGGCCGUGUCUGCUGCACCUUGCUGCGGAACACACGGUGGACGCCAUCGAACUCGACGAUCAAAAUGUCGGGUCCAGUCGUCUCUGGUUUAGCGGUGCUUCUAGAGUGUUUGUUGUAAUUCGCUGGGUGCAGAGGUUUCAAGUACAGCGAAGUCGUCCCGUGUCUGAAGAUCGGGACACCCGGAUGAACGCCUCGGUGAGUGCACAUACCUCUUGGAGCGCCCAGUGAGUGUAGCAGAGGACGCAGUACCCACAGCCCAAACAUGUGCAAACAUUAUCACUGAUCAGAAUCAAUUUUUUUUUCUAGUUAUUUUUACUUGCUACUUUUUCCUGCUUUUUGCAGCUUCCUGAGUCAUAUUGAACACGCGUACUUGCAGGCCCGCGCUGAAAAGAAGGAAAUUAUUCUCUUCCGUGCAGCAUAA